GAACCCUUGCUCCUCAAUUUUUUCCUUGGCCAAACUAUCCCAAAACCCAGAUCCCCCUCUCGCACUUACCUGCCUUCCCUCGUCUGCUCAGCACCCCAAGAUAAUGGCGGCCUCACCCGUGGUCAUUAGAUCUAGGGUUUUAGCCCGCGCCGUCUCCUCCUCCAUCCGCCGCAGCCUCCUCGGCGCGCACCACCACUCUCCUCCCUCUCUCCUUGCCGCAUCUCCCCGCCCGUCCGCCGUCCACAGGUUACCUUCAGUGUGCGGGGGCUUGCUGUCCCUGAUGCCGCUGCACAGCGCCGUCGCAUCGGCGCGGCUCCGGUCGGCGAUCUCGCCCGAGUCCCAGAGCUGGGGCGUCGUCCCCCAAGAUCUGUGCAUGUUGUUUGUCAUAGAAAUGGAUGCUGGUAUGACUUCCAUAUCAAAACAUGUACUGUACGAUGUAUUAUGUUAGUAUUUAGUUUGUGUUAAGAGAAGGAAACUCUAUGCCUUUAUGACAGCGUAGUUUUGCCCUUCCCAUUGUAUCUCUGGACUCAGUUCAGAAGUUUUUCGAAACUCUGAUGUUUUUGUCUCAAGAUACGGACUAGCUCACAAGUAGCCUUGAAACUAUUUAAACAUUACAAGCCAUGUUCUUUUUUGUUGUGAGAAAAAAGACAUGGCUUUUUGGUGGUUGCAUCUCAGGUGCUUCAGGCUCAUGUUAUGGUUUAUGUUGUCUAUGCUCGAUAAAUGUAUGAGACGUAGCGUUUGUGAGUUAAAUGCAGCUCUGCAAGCACGGUAUGCACAAUUUUGAUGGCCGUGAUUGGGAUUC